AUGAUCGCUAAGGUUCUGUCCGUUUUGGCUCUUAUGGCAGCAGUAUCCUGCCAAGAGCAUUAUCAACAUCAAUACAACACAGUCAUCAAGCACGAGGAGCCAAAGAAAAUCGAAGUGCACCAUUCUCAGCCCAUUCAUGUUUCCGAGUAUCAUGCAGCUCCGAUUCAGACCAUUCACGAGAUCCACGCGGCACCUCAACAGCGCUCUGGUUAUCAUGCCGUGUCCUCACAAAGUAUCAUUCGUCAUGAUACCAAGAAGGAGGAAGCCCCACAGCACUACUUCGUUGCUGCCCAACCCGCCCCGGUUCAUGAGGCAGUAGCUGUCCAUGCCGUGCCCGUUGUCAAACACGUACCUAUUGUUAAACACGUACCUGUACAUUACGAAGAAUCUCACAAGGAAGAGUCUCAUCAUGAGGAUUAUUACGCGUACCCCAAGUAUGCAUUUGAAUAUUCCGUGGAGGACCCUCAUACGGGAGACCACAAGACCCAGCACGAGACUCGCGAUGGUGACGUCGUGAAGGGUUUCUACUCUCUGCAUGAACCUGAUGGUUCAAUCCGCACUGUUGAAUACGCAGCCGAUAAAAAGAGCGGAUUCAAUGCUCAAGUAAAAUCCACGACGAAGCACGUACAACAAGAGAAUCAUCAUCACCAGUAA